CCUACGCCCGCCGCCGCCUGCACCGACGCGCCGAUCUCCCAUCACCGCGAGCAGCGGCGCGGGCGUCCUACUGCUUCUGCCGAAUACUCUCGCCUCUGACUCGUUGCGUCCAGGUCAAUCUCCUCGUCCCUGUCAGGUCCGCCCCUACUCCCGGCUGCUCCGAGGACCAUGGUUGGUCUUUCGGAAGGGGAGAAGCACUUCAUCCGCGGCGGCAUCGCGCAGGACCUCCGCGCCGAUGGCCGCAGGCGGCUGCAGUUCCGGGCUAUGUCGGUCGAGACCGGUGUCAUACCUCAGGCAAACGGCUCCGCGCGUGUUAGACUCGGGUCGACUGAAGUCAUAGCUAGCGUAAAGGCUGAGUUGGGGAAACCAAGCAUUCUUCAUCCUGACAAAGGGAAAGUUUCCAUUUUUGUUGACUGUAGUCCAACUGCAGCACCCAUGUUUGAGGGUAGAGGUUCUGAAGAUUUAUCUGCUGAGCUCUCUGUUGCACUGCAAAGAUGCUUACUUGGUGGUAAAAGUGGGGCAGGGGCUGCAAUUGAUUUAUCAUCACUAAUUGUUGUUGAUGGAAAGGUCUGCUGGGAUCUCUACAUUGAUGGACUUGUUGUUAGUUCUGAUGGAAAUUUGCUUGAUGCCCUGGCUGCUGCAAUAAAGGUGGCUUUAAGUGAUACAGGUAUCCCAAGAGUCAAUGUUUCUCUUAGUGCUGCAACAGAUGAGGAACCUGAGGUUGAUGUCAGUGAUGAUGAAUUUUUGCAAUUCGACACCUCCAGUGUGCCUGUUAUUGUUACAUUGACGAAGGUCGGUAAGCACUACAUUGUAGAUGCUACCUCAGAGGAAGAAUCCCAGAUGAGCUCUGCAGUUUCGGUGUCAGUUAAUAGGCAUCGUCAAAUAUGUGGAUUGACCAAGAGGGGCGGUGCAGGAUUGGAUGCAAGCGUCAUUUUUGAUAUGAUAUCUGUUGCCAAGCAUGUAAGUCAACAAUUCAUGUCCGUAUUGGAUUCAGAUAUAGCCGCUGCUGAAGAGGCUGAAUAGAGGAGACUGAGUAGAGAUUCUGAUUAAAUCUUCCAAUGCGUCUGUCGGUUUAAGAGCCUAUUUAAAGAGCUGCAAUUAGUUUGCAAGGUAUAUUAGCUUUAUGGAGAAGUGAAACACGUGAGAUGCAGCUGAAAUGUAUGCUUUUUAAUUCAUUCAUAGAUAUGUAACGGUACGCUUGCUAGAUAAAUUGCAUGCCUGCUCUAUCUCCGGUUAUAAAUAUUUUAUAAUUAGGACAUUGGUUGGAC